AAAAAAACACGACACAUCUCCUUUUCUACCCUUCUCGAUUCAGCUCGAGCGCCGCCGGCCAAACCCUCGUUUCCACCACCACCAAUGGCGGCUAUGACCCGCCUCUUCAGAUCCUCAUCGGCGGUCUUCUCAAUCCGGAGGUCCCUCUCUUCGGCGGCCGCUACCGAAUUCAAACCCCAGCCCUCCCCUCCCCGUGUAGAUCCCAAGGCCAGAAAUGUCCAGUGGGUGUUCCUCGGCUGCCCCGGCGUCGGAAAAGGCACCUACGCCAGCCGCCUCUCUGUUCUCCUCGGCGUUCCGCACAUCGCAACCGGCGAUCUCGUCCGCGAAGAGCUCAAUUCCUCCGGCCCUAUGUCCAAGCAGCUGGAAGAAAUUGUGAACCAAGGCAAACUGGUAUCGGAUGAGAUAAUUAUUAAUUUAUUAUCGAAGAGGCUUGAAUCUGGAGAAUCCAAGGGAGAAUCUGGAUUCAUACUUGAUGGUUUUCCUCGCACAGUUAGACAGGCGGAAAUAUUAAAUGAUGUAACCGACAUUGAUCUGGUGGUAAAUCUGAAGCUUCCUGAACAAGUACUAAUAGAUAAAUGCCUGGGAAGAAGAAUUUGCAGUCAAUGUGGGAAGAACUUCAAUGUGGCAACAAUCGAUGUCAAGGGUGAGAAUGGGAAUCCAGACAUAUACAUGGACCCCCUUCUCCCUCCUCCCCACUGUGCUUCAAAGCUCAUUACUCGUUCUGACGAUACCGAAAGUAUUGUAAAACAGAGGCUAGCUGUGUACACUGAAAAGAGUCAGCCGGUGGAGGACUUCUACCGUCGUCAAGGGAAACUGCUCGAGUUUGUUAUUCCCGGUGGUAUCCCAGAGUCAUUGCCAAAGCUGCUGGAAGCACUGAACCUUGACGAAAACGAGGAGAAACAGUCGGCGACAGUAUAGGUUUUCUUGGCAUGUGGAGUUGCAUGCUUCAAGUUUUGCAGACAACAGAAGUUUUGAUAUUUUUACACAAUACCAUUUAUUCUCGACAUGGGAAAAAUAACAAAACUAUGAGUGCACUGUGCAGUAAUGCUGGUGAACGGCCUCUUUUUCGCUUUCCAACUACUAUGUUGUAAGAUUAUUUAUCGAUUGAGGUUGCGGCAAGUUUGUUCAA